AUGUCAAGGCGUGGUACUAGCAGACGUUAUGGUACUGGAAGAGGUGGUACCAGAAAUGGUGGUCCUAUUGAUGGAGAUGAACCACAAUUAGGAAAUGUGAAUGUGAAUAUGGCGCAACUGACCCAGAUAAUAGCCCAAGCAGUCGCUGCUGCUAUGAAUCAAAAUGUUGGACAGGUCAACAAUCAUCAGAACCAAGGACCGCCUACUGAAACCGGGGAAGAUAGGUAUAGAAAAGUUCAGUUUCAGUUCAAGAAGUUGAACCCGAAAGAGUUUUCUGGAAAGUAUGAUAGCCCAAUGAUAGCCCAUGAAUGGAAGGAUGAGAUGGUCAAGAAUUUUAGGGCCAUAGGACCUUCUUACAUAGAAGUCUUUAAACAGAAAUUAGCUACCUUUCAGCUCACUGGAGAUGCUCAUACUUGGUGGACUUCAGAUUCACAUGGCUUGGAUCAUUCCACCAUGACAUGGACAGACUUCAUUCACUCGGGAAGAAAACGAGGAACACUUAAGCUUAGUAUUGCGGACUUUGAGAGAGCAUCAGUUAAUCUUAAGACUAAUCUUACUUUGGCACCAAUUUUGACCUUACCUGAAGAAGGAAAGGAGCUAGUGGUUUACACAUAUGCCUCACUUUUAGGAUUGGGAUUUCUUUUGAUGCAGGAAGGUAAGGUUAUUGCUCCUGCAUCUAGGAAAUUGCGUGUUCAUGAGAAGAAUUAUCCAACCCAUGACUUGGAGUUGGCAGCAAUAAUUUUUUCUUUGAAGUUGUGGCGUCAUUACUUGUAUGGCGAGAGAUUUGAGAUUUUUACUGAUCAUAAGAGUCUUAAGUAUCUGUUUUCUCAGAAGGAUUUGAAUAUGAGACAACGUCGAUGGAUGGUGCUCAUCAAUGAUUACACUUUUGGCUUACAAUAUCACCCUAGUAAGGCGAAUGUUGUAGUUGAUGCCUUGAGUCGAAAACCAAGGGGUUUGUUAUCGUCCAUGAUGGUGGAAGAGUGGAAGAUGUUGGAGACAGUUGCCGAGUUUGACCUAGACGUGAACUCUACGUUGCAAGCAUUUUUGGGUAUUCUUGUGGUAGAACCUGCAUUUAUUAGUCGUAUGUGCGAAACUACUUGGAGCUGGAGACUUAAGUGA